CCAGGCACGCUCCUACGGUAAACUACUCAGGACUUUGGCUCCUUUCAGGCUGCAGGAAAACUCUCCAUUAAGCAGCAGGGCGCCUCCAUCAUGUCCUUGUUCACCCACCUGUUGGCGGUCCUCUUCGGGAUGGGCUCCUGGGUCUCCAUCAACGGGCUCUGGGUGGAGCUGCCUCUCAUCGUCCCUCAGAUCCCAGAGGGAUGGUACCUUCCCUCUUACCUCUCCGUCCUGAUCCAGAUGGCCAACGUGGGGCCGCUCUUCGUCACCCUGAUGCACCGCUUCCAGCCGGGCGUCCUGAAUGAGGCGGCUGUCGUUUACGCCAUCAUCGUUCUUGGAGCUGCGGCCAGCUUCCUGCUGGGUUUCUUCUGGAAAGAGACGGUGCUGAUCGCAGGCGUUCCCCGCAGUCUGGCCCUUCUGGUAUUGACCUUCUUCCUCGCCGCCGUCGACUGCACCUCCUCCGUCACCUUCCUGCCCUUCAUGAUGCGCCUGCAGCCUCAGUAUCUGACCACGUACUUCAUCGGCGAGGGUGUGAGCGGCCUGCUGCCGGCUCUGGUGGCUCUGAUCCAGGGUGUGGGGGUGGUGCACUGCAUCAACACCACGCAGUCGCUCAACCACACCCUCAACGCCUCCAUCGGGUCAGGAAACGGCGACCUGCAGGCCCAGUACCAGCCGUCCAACUUCUCCGCCGAGAUCUUCUUCUUCUUCCUCAGCGCCAUGAUGCUGGUGUGUCUGGUCUCUUUCCUGCUGCUGAACCACCACCCUGCGGUCGCCAGGGAGCAUCCCGCCCCGCGGUACACCAACGGGACGAAGGAGACCUCGGAGAGGAGGACGCGGGCCGAGCAGAGACCCAUGAUGGAUCCGUUCAGGCAUCAGAACCACAAUCCCCGAAGCAGCUUUGGGAGCGGCUCGUACAGCUGGAUGCAGGUGCUUUAUAUCUUCGUGGUUCUGGCCUGGGUGAACGCUCUGAGCAACACGGUCCUCCCAUCCGUCCAGUCCUACUCCUGCCUGCCGUACGGAAACAACGCCUACCACCUGUCAGCCACGCUGGCCGCCGUGGCCAACCCGCUGGCCUGCUUCAUCGCCAUGUUCGUCUCUAUCAGGUCGCUGGUGUUCCUGGGGUUCCUGACGGUUCUGGGCUCGGCGAUCGGGUCAUACAUCAUGUUGGCGGCGGCGCUGAGCCCCUGCCCCCUGCUGGUUAACCAGACUUCAGGUUCAGCCGUCAUAGUUCUGGCCUGGAUCCUCUUCAUCCUGUCCCUGUCCUACGUGAAGGUCAUCAUCGGGAUGAUCCUGCGAGACGAAGGCCACAGCGCCCUGGUGUGGUGUGGAGCGGUGGUGCAGCUGGGCUCCCUGCUGGGGGCCGUCACCAUGUUCCCUCUGGUCAGCGUUUACGCCGUGUUUUCAGCAGGAGAUCCGUGCAACACCAGCUGCCCCUGAGGUCACCCUCCGCUCGGUUUACACCGACCCGAAAGUUCUGCUGUUUCCCACUGAGAUUCCUGUGACCUGAACGCAUCAUUCCAGUCCCUCUGGUCCAGAAGAUGUUUGCUGUUAUUUCAGCUCCAUUUACCUGCUCAGGUAGCAGGAUAAGGACGGGGGGGUGUGGUUUAUUCUGAGGAGACAGCAUGGGCGUAGGUUUGCAUAGGGACCAUAGGGACAUGUCCCUACCAAGAUUUUGGACCGAACUA